CAAAUCAUGAAAAGAAAGUGCUCUGCUUUUUUUUUUUUCUCUCUCUCUCUCUCCCUCUCUCUCAUUUUUGUGUUUUUGAUUCGUUUCUCUCUGCACGUCUCCGCUAAUGCGAUAUGCAAGAAAUAGAUUGAACCAGAUUUAAUUUGUCAUUUUUUCCUCCUUUUUUUUCCACAGAGGGUCUUUCGAAGAUGGAUUUCUCAGUUCUGAUAUGGUAAGUUUCUCGAUUUUGUUAUUGUUUCUCUUCCUUAUUUGUUCUUUGUGUUGUUAAAUGUUUGAUUUCAUUAUUGUUAUGAUUUUGUUGUGUGUUUUGGAGUUAAUCUACGGUGUCGAACCAUAUCGUCAGAUUCAAUCAAAGAAAUUGAUUUUUCUCCUACAAAGGUUAUUUGGAAGAUGGAUUUUUGAGUUAUGAUAUGGGAAAGCAUCAUUGUUAUGGAGGAUUUGUCUUCUGAAAAUCAGCAAAUAAGUGUUUAUGAGAAACAUAGCGAAGGAAAUGAAUAUGUGUCAACUUAAGGAAGUCAGGUUUGCGCAGAUUUUGUGUUGGAUUGCACUACUUAAUUCACAACUGAACAGGUAUUCAAAAGUAAGGAUGAAUUGCUCAACUGGGUACGUGAAGUUGGAAAGAGAAAUGGUUUGGUCAUUGUAAUCAAAACAUUAGACUAUGGUGGAGGGAAAAAAAGACCUAGGAUGUAUCUUGCUUGUGAGAGGAGUGGCCAAUAUAGAGCGACAAAGAAGUUAAAACAUGAUAGCAACAAUAUAUCAAGAAUAACCGGUACGAAGAAGUGUAGUUGUCCUUUUGAUAUGAGGGCUCACAGGUUUACCACACAUGAUGAAUGGACAUUGACUGUAGUAUGCGGAUUGCAUAAUCAUCCACCUGCGGAGCACCUUGAGGGACAUUCAUAUGCGGGGAUGCUAUCAAAGGAUGAGAAAGCAUUGUUAAUGGAUAUGUCAAAGAACAUGGUUCGGCCAAAACAAAUCCUAGUAACCUUGAAACAGCGAGAUGCCCUCAAUGUAAGCACACUUAAAACCAUUUACAAUGUACGCCAUCGAAAUAGGGUGGUACAGAGAGCUGAAAGAUCACAGAUGCAACACUUAUUGGGUGAAUUGGUCAAGUAUAAUUACAUUGAGCGCCAUCGGUCUAAAGAGUUCACGAUGACUGUGACAGACUUGUUUUGGGCACAUCCUACCAGUUUGGACUUAUUUCGGUCUUUCCCACGUAUAUUAGUUAUGGAUUACACAUAUAAAACCAACAGAUAUCGUCUUCCUCUUCUUGAAAUUGUGGGAGUGACAUCAAUUGAAAUGACAUUCUCUGUAGCUAUCGCAUACUUACAGUAUGAGAGGGUCGAUAACUAUGCGUGGGUGUUCGCUACAUUGCGUGAUGUCAUGGAUGGUUUUGUUGUGCCAACAAUUAUUGUUACUGACAGAGAGCUAGCCUUGAUGAAUGCCAUACAGAAGAUAUUCCCAAGUGGCAGACAUUUAUUAUGUCGUUGGCAUAUCAGUAAGAAUGUAUUGACCAAAUGCAAGAAAAUGUUUGAGACACAACAGAAAUGGGAGAAGUUCAACAAUGAGUGGAACUCUUUAGUGUAUUUAUCUUCUGAAAUUCAAUAUGAUGAGCGUCUUAAAUCAUUACUUAAGAAAUCCAGUAGUUAUUCUAAUGCAGUCAAAUACAUCAUGGAUACUUGGUUGGUUCCUUACAAGGACAAAUUUGUGGCGGCACAGAUAGACACGUGUAUGCAUUGUAGCAAUGUUACAACGAACCGGGCUGAGAGUGCACAUGCAAAACUUAAAAGACAAUUGGGUUAAUGUCAAGUCUCAUUUCAGGCAUCAUUUGAGAAAAUACACAGUCUGCUUGAGUUGCAACACACUGAUAUCAAAGCUUCAUUUGAAAAAAGUCUAACUGUUGUGCAACAUCAAUUUAAACCUUCUCAGUUCAAGGAGCUACGGGGUAAUGUGCCUAUCUCUGCAUUGGAGUAUUUACUUGUAGAGAGUAAGAGAGCCAAUUCUAUUGGUAUUGAUGUUGAAGCUUGUGGAUGCGUCCUUCGCCACACUCAUGGUUUACCUUGUGCCCAUGAGAUUACUGACUACAUCAGACAAGAUCGUCUUAUACCACUUGCUACCAUACACUCACAGUGGAGGCAACUUCAUAUCUCCAUAUGCAAGAAAGAAGAGGAAACAGAGGUGAGUUAUCAUGCAGAAGUAGAGUUGUUUGUGAACAAGUUUAAUGAAAGUGAUAAAACCAUGCGGUUGGAGCUUUUGAAGAAGUUGAAAGAGAUUGUAUAUCCGGGAAGCACUUUUCUUGUUGAGCCGGAGGUCAAGCCCAAAACACGUCCUCGGGAUCAUAAGAAGAACAAUGUUUUUACCUGUCGUGACCCGUGUGCGUUUGAGUUGGUGUAAUCUAGACAUGAUUCCUUCUCACCUAGGGACACUCAAAUCACUACAUUAGCUUAUACUCUGUAAACCAAGAAGAAGCGACCUGUUAAGGGAAAGAAGAAGGUGAAUCCAAAAGGGAAAGUAUACAUUACUAGAACAGUGAAACCUGGUGCAUAUGUUGAUGUUUUCCCUUCUGGGUUGAAACCAUACAUUAAGUUUGUCAAGGAUGUAACUGCAGAUGGGAAUUGUGGUUUCAGGGCUAUAGCUGCUUCAAUUGGUCAUACAGAAGAUGAUUGGGCUCAGGUUAGGCGUGAUCUGUUGGGUGAGCUGCACACACACAAAGAGGAAUACAUUACACUUUAUGGGUCCUACGAAAGGUUUGAAGAAUUGACAAGCAUAUUGUCAUACUUUCAAGACAGUCCUGGAUACUCACAUUGGAUGACUAUGCCAGAUAUGGGGCAUCUUGUUGCAUCGUGCUACAAUCUUAUGUUAUACCACUUGUCAUUACAACAAUGUCUCACCUUUUUACCUCUUAGAACAGUGUCAGUACCUCAACUUGAUAGACGUGAGAUUGCCAUUGAGUUUGUCAACGAAAAUCAUUUUGUCCAGGUUUGUUGCAGCCAGGCCAUCCAGUUCCUCCUAUAGCCACUAAUUGGCGAAAAUACCGUCACCAUUGCGCUGUCGACUGGGAUGAUGCAUAUGUGCGUCGCAUUCAACAUUUCAAGGACAUUAUUCAUGAUAAUGUAGCUACUCGAGAGACAUUUGAUGUUGUUGAUGUCGCAUGACACAUGUAUGCAUUUGACAAUGUUAGAAUUAUGGAAGAAAUUAAUGGAUGUGUUUUUGA